CGCAGCAAUAGUCUACACAAACACAAGGGACCAACCAUCAGUUCCUGCAUUUCAUCGAAGAAGAUGGCUGACAAUGCUGCGGAGGUGAAGCAGAAACCUCAAGGUGAGGUGAAACCAGAUGAGGGUCAGAGCCAGGCCGCGGAGAAGAGCGAGAAGAAGGCGGAGCUGAAGCCCGAUGAGGCGAAGAAGCUGAUCGAGUUCAUGGCGAAGAAGUACGACGAGCACGUGGCGAAGGUGGACUCGUUCGACGACUUCUACCACGCCAUCUACGAGCUCAUCCAGAAGUUCUGCGAGGAGCGCGGGCAGGUGCAGUACAGGAUCCCGCCCAGGGAGAAGCUGCAGGAGGUGUACAAGAAGCACCACACGUCCGGGGGCGAGGUGAAGCGGGAGGAGUUCGCGAAGAUGAGCGGGGAGCUGGUGAAGCGGGACAGCUUCAGCUUCGGCAAGGCGACCACGGAGCUGCUCAUGUUCCUGUUCGGCGCGCCCAUGUGCGCGCUGGUGGCCAAGCGGGUCCUGCCGGGGCUGGGCUGGGUCUCCGACGACACCGUCAUCCCGCUCGCCACCUCCGGCGCCGUCGCCUACCUCGUCCACUCCAAGAAGCUCUGAUCGAUCCAUCAUGUCUGAACCGAGUGACUGUAUACGGAUAUGUGGCAGUAGAUUAAUGCGAUGGCCGGGCUCAAAUAUUGCAGCGAGCACAAAUUUAACUGCAGUAAUUGACUAUCAGACUGCUGGGUUAUUUUUACGUAUUUGUAAUAAAAAGAAUGGCGGGUAAAAAUAUAGACCGGGGAAAAAAGGGGCACACCACCCUAAAGUGAAAAAUUGCGCGGUAGCGGAAGGUAGCGGCACAUCCUCGACCGUUCCUCUCAGCAUCUAGAUUGAUGCUACUUUUCUUUGUAUAUGUUGCCAAUUUAUUUCUCAGAUAAAUAGACAUCAAUACAGAAGAAGAGAGGUCCACACCUACA